AUGUUCCAGCAGAAAGCAGCCAGGGUUAAUUCGUGUCAAAAAACGCUUGACCGUUUCAAUUCCGGAAACUCAAAAAAUGUGUACAGCAUUAUUUACUGUUAUGAACCAGAAAAUAAACGACAGUCGGCUGUUUGGGUGUUCCAAGGUGAAGAAAAGCCAACAAGAGUCAUCCGUUCUCGAAGUGUUUCGAAAAAGAUGGUCGCGAAAUUUGUGUCAAAAGCGGGUCAUAUUACGACAAUUCCUCUUAAUGAGCAAAGAACUUCAUCAACCGAGCUUCGACAAAUCAACCCCGAAAGAAGAAUUAUCCUCCACCAAGACAAUGCAAGCUCGCACACAGCCCAAAAAACAAGGCAGUAUUUAACGGAUGAAAACGUGGAAUUAUUGGACCAUCCUCCAUAUAGUCCCGAUAUAAAUCCUUACGAAGAAGCAGUUGACUCAUUCAAAAAUGCCGUUUUGGAUCUACCAGCAAACGAGUGGAAUAAGUGCUUCAAAAAUUGGUUCGAGCGCAAAAAUCGGCUUAGAUGGGCUAAAGAACAUAGACAAUGGACACCUCAACAAUGGUGUGCAAUACAAUGGAGUGAUGAGGCCCGAUUCGAAGGCUAUAACUUUGUUACUUUAAUUUUACCAGAAAAAUGGUAA